AUGGAAUCAGGCCAAAGCUCCUCUAGUUCUGAUAGCAACUCCUCUUCCCUCUAUAUACUUCAAGAGAAGUUGGACAGACUGGCGCAGUUCAUACGCUCGGAUCUGGACGGCUCCUGGGUCGAUGGAGGACAAGAGUUCCUUGACUUCCUGACGAGCGAGGAGAAACAUCCUGACAUCCCAGCGGACUCGAAAAUCCAGGAUUUCUUAUCGGAGUAUGCCGAAUUUGACUCCGGAUCGGCCACAGGCAGUCGGGCACGACGUGUACGAGGCGCCAGGUCCCGAGGUUCCGGGCGAGGGGUAACCAAGAAGAAAACUCGAGGAGGUCCUCCAAUGUGGUGGAGAUGGAGAAACAUCCCGCAUAAACCUGAAGACCCGCCAUACGACUCACUGGCAAAGACAAUGAACGAUAUCCUCCACCAUUUUGGUGUCAUCAAUCGCAAGGUGGAGUACACGUACAAGGCAGAAAUGCCCGAUUCUUGUGAGAGAUUCAACACCGAGCCAACGACAACACCGGACCUCUCGCUGAUGGGAUACGGUCCAUCCUUUGCCUUCCAGCAAGAUUUUCCGACCCCGCCCUCUUACACCCAUGUUGCGGUACCUAUCGCAGUCACAGGCAGUGACCGGGCGCCCGAGGAUGAUCGAAUACAGCUGGCGGUAUAUGCUCGUUCAUGUUUUGUGCAUCAGCCGAAUCGGCGCUUUGUCUACAGUCUCCUUAUGACUGAACGUACUGUCCAAGUCUUCCAGUUUGAUCGGGCUGGUGUCUUGUAUUCCCGUCCUAUCAACAUACAUCAAGAGGCAGAAACUUUCGUUAAGAUUAUCCUGGCUCUUUCCACUGCAGACGAAGGUAAUCUGGGCUUUGAUACCCGUAUCCAGUGGGAAGGUCACUGCCGGUACUUCCGCCCUGCUACGGACGGAGCCGGGACAUACAUGGUGCACAGCCCCUUGAAUUGGAGCAAGAGAAUAGGGGGGAAAGCGACGACAUUGUGGCAUACGCAGAACGAGAACGGGGAGGACCUCAUCUUCAAAUUUGCUUGGCGAACUCCCGAGCGCGGGCUAGAGUGGGAGUUCCUGGAGAAGAUCGCAGAAGACCCUAUCCCGGGCGUUGGCGAGAUCAUCUGCCGCUCACAGCUUUCUGAAAUGGAGACUAUUUCUUCACUUCGUGGAGGAAUUGGAUUUGUUGAUAAAGGAGAGGAAGAUGCCAACAACCGCCAGUACUAUUAUAUCUUGCAGCCGUAUUAUGGUCCUUCUCUGCGGUAUGCACCAACUACUUUGGCCUUCCUGGAAGCGUUUCGGGAUAUUAUCCAGGCCCAGUUUGAGCUCGCCAAACGCGGCAUCGUCCAUCGGGAUGUCAGUCCGGACAAUAUGCUUCUCAAUAAUCGGCCGGACGUGCGUGAGGGUAGGCGGGGCAUUCUAAUCGAUUUUGACACAGCUGCCUUCGUGGACAGCGACGGUAAGGGUCCAGCUGCGAACGCAAAGAUCGGUGCACGAGUCUUCCAGUCCGUCAAGGUCCUUGAGUCACUCGGUUUCCAUGACCACUUGGACGACCUGGAAUCCAGCUUCUACAGCUUAUGUCAGAUCGCAUUUACGAGCGAGAGCCCUGGCGUCCCCCUCGAGGUCUCACCAGAAAUCAUAUCUGACUGGAAUACUGCACGGCCCUCCUCUGCUAUGGCCUCGAAACUGUGCUUCCUGGAUAAUCGCGUGUUCGCGCAACACCCUCAAGGCUUGGGCCCCGUUGUUGGAAAAUUGAUCGAUGCGAUGAAGAGCUUCUUCAUGCGCGUCGCGCUGCCGAGAAGAAUGAGAAUUCGCCCUCAGAUGCGUACCAAGAAGGAAAUUGAGAGGGACAAGCGCGCGAAGGCCUUUGGGGAAGAAACGGACGCCAAGCUAGGGCGUUGCCAAACUCCGACUACAGAGUCCUCUCCCCCUCCUGAGAUGCCUCCCGCCGAGGAAAUGGAAAUGCAUUUCAAGGAGUUCUUAGGUCUGGUAGACGGUGCCAUAGAUGAGGAGAAGUCGUCUCUGCUGAAAGCCGGACAGCAGUCAGCACCCGUAGCCCACAACACUUCCGAGGACGUGAAAGACUCCGUCCCGACCGGCAACCCUGCGUCGGGAAGGACGCUUCCGGAGGAAUCAGCCCAGGACGGUGAUCAGAAGCUAGCUCUCGAGGUUACUGCUCGGAAGCGCUCCAUUGGACUCGGUGCUUCGUCUGAUGCUCCCGCGGACGCCAUCGACCGACAAGUCAAGAAGGCUAAGAAUGAGAUCUCAUCGUAA